CUUGACGGUCUCCUUCACACUGGGAGCGCAGGCAUCCACAGCUGAAUUUCCACUUGAGCUGGCCGCUGUCCUUGCUGUGCGGGGGAAAUCAGGCACCUUGCAAUGAUCUCGCUGGACUUCAGUUUCAACGUUUUGACAAGGGACCUGUCACUUUAUCUGGAAAAUCAAGUGAAAGUUGGCUUAUUUGGAUCUGGAGUAGGACUGUCCCUGGUGCUGGGCUUUAGCGCAGCGUAUACCUGCUACUAUUUGGUUUCCGUAGCAAAGAAGCCCCAGCUCAUCUCUGGGGGUAAGAAGUUCUAUCAAUUUCUGAGGGAACAAUGUCCGGUCGUGUCAGAGACCUACUACCCCACCUUUUGGUGCUGGGAGAGCCGCAUCCAGACUCUGUUGAGACCCUUUGUAACUGCCAAACCUGGUGUCAGCUACAGGAAUGAGCUCAUUAAGGCAGCAGAUGGAGGACAGAUCUCUUUGGAUUGGUUUGACAACGACGACAGCCCCUCUCAUCCCGACCCUGCCACCAGGCCCACAGUGCUUCUUCUCCCCGGCCUCACCGGCACCAGCCGAGAGUCCUACAUCCUGCACAUGGUCCAACAGAGCCGGGAUCUGGGCUAUAGAUGUGUGGUAUUCAACAACAGAGGGGUGUCCGGUGAAACGCUAUUGACGCCAAGAACCUACUGUGCUGCCAACACAGAGGACCUGGAGGCUGUCAUCGACCACAUCCAGAGGACCAAUGAGGCUGCUCCAAUCAUGGCUGCUGGAGUGUCCAUGGGCGGGAUGAUGCUGGCCAACUACUUGGGGCGCAAGGGCCGAGAAACCUGUCUGAAGGGGGUCGUGGUCUUCUCGGCGGGCUGGGACGUGUUUGAGUGCACCGCCUCGCUGGAGAAACCCCUGGACCGCUUCCUCUUCAACUCCUACCUCACCAGCUGCCUGCAAGCCUCUGUGGACAGACACAGACCGGUUCUUGAGAAGUGUUACGACAUAGAUCAUGUCAUGAAGGCGAGGACUAUCCGCGAGUUUGAUGAGAGGUUCACCUCCAUCAUGUUUGGAUAUUCUACCAAUGACGACUACUACCGUGAUGCCAGUCCAAUCCACAGGCUGAAGUCUGUGCAGGUGCCAAUGCUGUGUCUGAAUGCUGCUGAUGAUGUAUUUUCACCUUCUCAUGCCAUUCCAGUGGAGGCUGUGAAGCAGAAUCCCAACCUUGCCCUUCUCAUCACCUGUCACGGCGGCCAUAUUGGCUUCCUGGAGGGCCUGUGGCCUCGGCAGAGCACUUACAUGGACCGGGUGUUCAAGCAGUUCGCCAAGGCAGUCAUCGAGCAAGGCAGUCGGCUCACAGACCUGUCCUGAUAAGAAAACUUUGAACAAUUUUCCCUCUCAUUGUACUCCCCCCAUCCUCCUCUCCUUCUGUCAGUCCUUCCUUUUUUCCUUUCAUCAAGCCCUCCUUUCUUCCUGCCAUCUCUCCCUCUUAACCUAAUCCCUCUCUUCUUUUCCUCCUUCAUUCCUUUUUUUCAUUUCUAUUUGUAAAGAACAGAGAGUGAGCCUCUCUUUCCUUCCGUCCCUCCUUCUAUCUUUCCUUUCUUGCCUCAUUCCUUUAUACCAUUCUGCCUUUCCUCCCUUUCGUUUCCAUCCUCUUCCUUCAUUCCUCUCUUCCCUUGUUCCUUCCUCUGUGACAAACAGAGGAUGAGCCUCACUUGAUAUACUUCCAUCCUUCCUUCCUUUUCUACCUAAUCCCUUCCUUCCUUUAUGUCCCUCCUACAUUUCUCCUUUCCUUUCUUCCCUUCUUCCUUCCUUAUUUCCUUCUUUCUUUUCUGUCUUUCUUCAUUCCUCUAUACAUUUCUUCAUUUGUACCUGCAAAGAACUGAAGAUGGACCUUUCCUUCCCUCUUUCAUUCCUUGCCUCCCACUCAUUUUCCUUCCUUCCCUUUUUAUCUAACCAUCUGCAUUCCUCCCUUCCUUCCUUCCUUCCUUCCUUCCUUCCUUCCUUCCUUCCUUCCUUCCUUCCUUCCUUCCUUCAGCCACAAGCAAAAAAGAAUCUCUCUCAUUCGAAGGGCACAUCGUGUUGAAUGCAACAUUUGUUUGCGCAACAUUCAACAUCUACUUAUUUAUUCCCCCAUACAUUCGUCCAUUUAACAGCUCAAUGUGUGUACUCAAUGGUAUGCUUAUUGAAAAAGCAAGCAUAGCUGUUCUUGUCAGUGUUGAAAAGCUGAACCUGUCCUUAUUUUGUUUAGUUGCGUUAGCUAGCUAAAAGAUUGUGUGAUUACCUUGUGCAAUGAUUUUUUUUUUUUUUUUUUUUUAACAGAGGUACUGUAUAACAUGACCAUCAACCAUGUCCAUUCAUGAAGCGUCCUUUACAACUCAUAUCAGUAGGAUUUUUAGCCCUCAGGGAUUUUUCUUUAUUUACUCAUGUUUCCUUCCCGUGAAGAGCUUUGUUUCGUCAAGUCACUCUCUUUCAGUUAAUAUCUGCUUCGUCAACUAAAGGUAGAUGUUACUUACCAGUCGGCAUAGUCUGUUUUCUUGAAGUCUUCUGCAUGCACUUUUUAUUCACACAUUCUACCUUUAUGCACACCAAAUAGUUCUACAAAUGUAUGAUAUGGAAAAUAAUUCAUUAAUGACAAGGAAUGUGAAAUUGCACUAUUUUAGUUGAUACUACCAUGCCUCUUAUUCCUCUUAUUCUUAAUGCAAGGCACUCGAUUUCAGUAGAUUUAUGAAAGUGUACCCCAAAGGCUGAACGGACCAGUAUUCAAAUUCCACAAAGUCUUCUUUGUCGUAAUUUUGAGGAUCGAAACGAGUCGGCUCUGUACGUAAGGUGCAGGUCUGAAGGUGCAAGAUACAGUGAUGUGAAUGAAGUAAUGCACAUGAGAGGGGGAGGCGGAGGCGCAGAGGGGUUGUUCGAAUGGUGGAUGUUGCUUUACAAGAUGCAUAGUAUCGCUAAUGGAAGCCGGUUGUCAGGCGUUUUGUUUCUCUCAGAGCCAACAAUGAUCGAAGGAGCUGGCUGCCAUCUAUGAGUUGGCAUUGAUGAAACACAAAACAGAUCUGGCAGCCCAGCUUUCGGCAAUGCACUGCAUGAGGCAUUUUGACUUCCUGUUCCUGUGGAAUUUUUGUGUUGGUCUUUCCUGCCAAGUGUCCAUUGAAUAGCAUGUGUCUCAUCAACGUCAUCAUGUCCUGAGCCCGAACCUUACGACUAACAGCUCUUCGUAACCCGUAGCACAAAGGACAUGUUUGUGUUUUUUUUUUUUCAUAGUAUAUUGAAUUUCAUUUUAUAUCUUACAUGAAAAGAAAAAAAGAGAAAACAUUCUAUUUCACAUGUGCAGCAAUAAGAUUUUAAAAUGAAAAAAAUGUCCGAAUAGUGUAAGUACUAGUAUAUGCAUAUUGUCAACAUGAGUGUAUUAUGCUGUAUUUAAUAAAUUAUUAAAUAGAG